GGCGCUCCGGUCCGCGUAAAUGGGAGCCUCUGUUACCUGCGUGCCCGCGUCGCUUUAGGACGCUCCUUCUAAGUUUUCCUUGCCAGUUCAUCUUCUCGCAGCCUCACUCACAGGUUUCGCGUUGCGAUCGGAGAGAGGAGGGCGUGGCGCUUCCGUUCAUUUCUCAGGUUUCGCCUCCGGAUGAAUUAUUUGGAUAAGGAGACUCCACGGUUUGCCGUAACGUUUUCAACUUCUCGGCUUCUCGCAUCUUCACCUUCACGAUGGCUCCUACCACGGUGCGGCACAACUUAGCCGUCGGCACGGAAUUCAUUGAGUACCUGGAGCAGAUCGGCAAAGCCACGUCGAUUCACCGGGACGAGCUGAAAGAGAUCUACAACGAGCAGUUCCGAUACAGAGAUGGAAACCGCCACCCCAAUUUCUCAUGCGUUUUAUACGCUCUGCUGAAACACAAGAAAGUGAAAAUGAGAAGUGAUGUGAUCAUCUUCAAUCCAGAGUUUACCACUUAUUUUGGAGACCAGUGGAGGAGACCACGUGCCAAGAUGCCAGACACCGCAACAGGAAAUGGACCGAGCCUUGCCUCGACCGUGCCCAUCCAGAGCAUUCCGAUCACCGCAGGCAUGGGGAAGCGGAGGAGAGCGCAGGCCAUCGUGCAGCAGCUGAAGAGGGACAGGUCCAAAGUUGUAGCGAGUGCAGAAGGGAUUGAGGUGAGCUCGGACCAUGACGUGUCAGACGGCAGAAUCAAAUUUGAGUUUCUCCCUGGAAAAGCGUGCAACAUCAGUUUGUUUGUGCAGAAUAAAGGGUCGAAGACGGUGACUUUCAGCCUUUAUGAGCCACUCCGCAAAAUCCAUGGCUUUACCUUCCAAGACCCGCAAGGAGUAUCGAGAAGUCAUCCACUUCUGCUGCAUGAAGAUGGCUCCUAUGAGAUCCAAGUCAACUUUUCUUCAAACUUCUAUGGCUACUACCCCAUCACUGUGGUCUUCGAGUUCAGCUCCUCCUCCAGCGGGAUUGAGGAGACUUUCUAUCUCGUCCGCUGGAUCGCAGGGAUCGGCCGUAGCCAACUUGCUAAGGAGCUGGCCCCCAAAGCCCCGUACCGACCCUACCAAGAGGUGACCCGCAAGCCGCUCACAUUCACCCUGGAGGAUGGCGUGCCACCCGAGAGAAAUGCACCUGAUGGCUUGAAACUGGUUGUCUCUUUAGCAGACUACAAAUACUCUGGUACAUUAAAGAAGUUAGUGACUUGUGGUCUGGAAAAUCCCAAUCCUGUGAAAACAGAUCUUCGGGAUGAAAUGGCAAAAGUGAGGGAGCUGCUCAAUGCCACCUUAACCAUGGAAAAUUAUGGAGAGCGCUUCCAGCUCCUCCUGCACCUAGAAGAGAUCCAGAUGGAGGUGGACAUCCGGAAGUACGACAUGAAGAAUGCCCCAAUGGUGCGCGAUGGCAGGAAAAAGAAUUUACUCGUUCUUAAUGUCCCUGGCGUGGCUGAACAUAGACCAUCCGUCCUCAGAGGAGACCACCUGCUGGCGAGCCUGAGUGAGGAGAGCAAGUUUGAAGUCUUUACUCAGUACAAGGGUUAUGUGCACGCAGUGGAACUGGAAAAGGUCAAGCUGGGCUUCUCACAGAAACUCCUGAAUAAAUUUGUGGACAACAUGAAGUUCGACGUGACCUUCACCUUCAACAGGCUGCCUCUCAGGCUACAGCACAGGGCAGUGACAAGUGCCAGGGAGCUCAAUCUCCGCGAUGUCCUCAUGCCGUCCAUCUCCUACUCCCAGGAGUACAAAAUUGGAAAGCUCAGCCUCUAUGACAAGAAUCUGGAGAAGAACCCCGAGCAGGUGAAAGCAGUGAACGCCAUUGUGUCUGGCUCGUCCAGACCUGCUCCCUAUCUGGUGUUUGGACCUCCCGGAACCGGCAAGACCGUCACCAUUGUGGAGGCAAUCAAGCAGGUGGUGAAAUGGCUGCCAGGUUCCCACAUUCUGGCCUGCGCCCCAUCCAACAGUGCGUCGGACCUCCUGUGUGAGCGGCUCCUGAAACACAUUGAUACGCGGGAGAUCUACAGGAUGAACGCCAGAAGCAGGGACCCUAAGACGAUCCCUGCUGUCAUCAGGCCCUGUUGUAACUGGGAUGACAGCCAGGAGUGUUACAUGUAUCCUUACAAGGAGGAGCUGAUGUGCUUCAGGGUCAUUAUCACCACCUUGCUAACUGCGGGCAGGCUGGUAUCAGGUGGCAUUCCCGCUGGGCACUUCACACACAUUUUCAUCGAUGAAGCUGGACACGCCGUCGAGUCUGAAUGCAUAGUUCCAGUUGCAGGACUCUUGAGUUUGUCUGAUCCCAUAAAGAACACUGGAACACAGCUGGUUUUAGCCGGAGAUCCAAAACAGUUGGGACCCAUCCUCAGGUCUCCAGUAGCCAUCAAGCACGGCUUGAAUGUGUCCUUGCUGGAGAGGUUAAUGACCCAGAACAGCUUGUAUCAGAAGACCGGGGAACACGGGACUUACAACAGUCAGUUUGUGACAAAACUGCUCCGGAACUACAGGUCACAUCCAGACAUCCUCAAUAUCCCCAAUGGGCUCUUCUAUGAAGAUGAGCUGCAAGUGUUUGCAGAUGAGAUCAUCAGGAAUUCCUACUGCAGCUGGGAACAUCUGCCAAAACCGGGUUUUCCAGUCAUCUUCAAGGGGGUAAUGGGGCAGGACGAAAGGGAGGAGAACAGUCCCUCAUUCUUCAAUGUUGCUGAAAUCGAGGAAGUUGUCACAUAUCUGAAGAAGAUUCUGCAAACCCAGGGCAAGAAAGGGAUCUCCCAAAUCUCUCCGAAGGAGAUCGGUAUCAUCACUCCAUACAGGAAGCAGGUGGAGAAGAUACGCAAAGCCAUAAGAACUUUUGACAAGGAGCUGAAGGAUAUGAAGGACAUCCAGGAAUUAAAGAUUGGGUCAGUGGAGGAGUUCCAAGGACAGGAGCGGAAGGUCAUCAUCGUCUCGACUGUCCGUAGCUGCCAGGAUUACGUCAAAAUGGACGAGGACUUCAAUCUCGGCUUCCUGAAUAACCCCAAGAGAUUCAAUGUUACUGUGACUCGGGCCAAGGCUUUGCUGAUCCUUGUGGGUAACCCGCUGAUCCUCAGCAAGGACCCUACCUGGGCAAGGUUUAUAAAGUACAGCAUUGAGCACAAUGGAUACGUGGGCUGUCAAUUUGUGAUGGAGGACAGCGAGGAUGAUCUCAUUGAGCAGCUCGUCAGCCUUAAACUGACCCCCGAACUGCAAGAUUUCCCAGAAGAUGGAGGCUCACUUAAGCAAGUGGAACUCGAAUGGAGGAGCGACAUGUGAUUGGCGGACAUCGCAGCGCAGCUUCUAAUGCCUGAAAAUGACAAGAAAGUGAGGCUCGGCCGCUCACUUUGUACACAUUGGAAUGAAGAGUAAAAAGUGCCUUUCCUAGUAAUAUAUCAGGCAGAAUAAAAAGAGAGACAUAUUAAUAUCAGGCAGAAAAAAGAAGAAAUGUAAAAAAUUCACCACUUUUUGGAAAACCUCUUUGGCUUUUUUUGAAUGACAGAGAAAGUUCUGGAUCUGUCUUCUGCUUUCAUAUCGUUGCCUUUUAGGAAAUAAAAUAAGCUUUAAUAGUUUUCAGGAAAAAAAGGAAACAAAAACAGCGCCACCUGCAGGCUGGGAGGUCUAAUUGAAUGCAACCCAAUUAAAUGUGAUAUAAGGCUGAGAACAUUAGCAAAGGGGCAGGCAAAUAGAAAGGAAAAUAUAAAACCUUGUGCCUUAAUUAAUAAUAAAUAAUAAUAAUGAUAUGCAUUAACUGGUGCAAGGUGCACCAGUUGGACUGUUUUUAAGCUGUGAAAGACGCAGUAACGUUCCCAAAGAGAAGAAUGAGAAUUAAGCCCAGCAGGCUGUGGUUAGUUAUUGUAGAUAUAUAAAAAAAAUUGGGAAGAUGAAAUUCUCCUAUCACACUUCCAUCAAAUGUAGGGGGUCUGCAGUGUAUGCUGGCAGUAGUGGGUAAAAAAGGCAAGAAACGGCCGUGGAGAGGUGCCAGCCCACCUCAGGGCCCACUCACACUCACCGAUACACCUAACAUGCACAUCUUUGGUUAAUCCAUCCAUCCAUUUUCCAACCCGCUGAAUCCGAACACAGGGUCACGGGGGUCUGCCGGAGCCAAUCCCAGCCAACACAGGGCACAAGGCAGGAACCAAUCCCGGGCAGGGUGCCAACCCACCGCAGGACACACACACCAAGCACACACUAGGGCCAAUUUAGAAUCGCCAAUCCACCUAACCUGCAUGUCUUUGGACUGUGGGAGGAAACCCACGCAGACACGGGGAGAACAUGCAAACUCCACACAGGGAGGACCCGGGAAGUGAACCCUGGGGGUCUCCCAGCAGCGCUACCCACUGCGCCACCGUGCCGCCCACUUUGGUUAAUUCAGGAUGAAAAUCGGGAAAACACUGAGUGGGAAUUUCCGUGCUUGAAGUGGGAAGAGUACACAAAUUCCGUACAGGUAGUGACCAGGUGUAGGAUUUAAACUUGGGCUGUUGGAUUCUUUAGGGGGGCUUUAAAUGGGGGGCGUGCAACAGCACUCAAAACAGAAAAAAAAAGGUUUGGGAGGCUACGGGGCUUUCUAUGUUUCUAUGGAACUGUUUUCUUUCUGUGGCACGAUAGACGCCCUUAUUACAAAAACAGACGUGGCAGUGCGCAGGUUUGAAUUUUAUUAUGGGUUUUCUGAAACCAUCACCGGGACAAAAAUUACACAUCCGGGGUGAAAAGUAUCCAUACGGCACCCCUAAAAGGUGCUGUGGAGGGUCCCUUAGCAUAUUUCACCUCAAUCGGAAGUGUGGUUGGAUAUUUGACCACUUGUCCUGACUUUUAAUAAGCGCAGUCCGCAGGAUUGUUAACUGGGUGGUUGAGGUCAGCGCUUUGAGAAGACCAUCCCAAACCCUUGAUGUUGGCCCGAUUGAGCCGUUCCUAAACCAGCUCUGAAGUUGCCGUCCUGUUGGAACACCUAGUUGUGUCCGCACUUCAGCCUUCUACCUGGUCUGAUGGCAGUGAUGUAAAACUCACUCUGCUGUGGACAGUGACACUGGUGUUCCAGAAGCUUCCAGCUCAUGGUGGACCCGUUUCUGAUGGCUCUUGGAUUGUAUCUGACCACCCGGGCCCUCUUAGCUGAGGGUCACGGUUUGGGUCUUCUUCCAGACCUCAGCAAAGUAAUUGUACUUGUGAUCAAUUGUUUGACCUGACGAUUGUGGAAUCUGAAGCUGUUUAGAAAUUACUUCAGGAGACAAGUCAAGUCAAGUUGGGGAGUAUGCACUGGUACAGUGUGUUGUCACACCCAUGACACAACAAAACAACUCGGGAUCCCGGUUGGCAACCCCCCCAGGCAGAUACGUGGUCCAGUCCCACCCUCCGGAAAUGACCCUGUAUCUGUCGCAGCCAGGUGAUAUGUGGGCGACCCCUUGGUCUGGUCCAGCCACUCAGGUCCCCAACAACGAGGAUCUUAUGAGGGACAUGGCCAUAAUGCCGUGAGUGACGCUCCCUCACAAUGCAGGUCAUGUGCCUCAUUCGGGACUCCAUGAGCAACACAAAGUCAAACCAACGGUACCCAAGGAUUUUCCAGAGAGAGACACACAUGAAGGAGUCCAGUCUUCAUCUCAGGUCACUGGAUAGCGUCCAUGUCUCAAACAGGCAGCACCAGGACUCUAAAGACUUGGACCUUCGUCCUUUUGCAUAGAGAGACAUUCCUGACUAAAUCCUCUUCCUCGCAUCUACACCGAGCUCCUUGGACUCUCCCAUUGACCACUCAUGGUAGACUUGUUCUUGACUUUUGUGUUGGUCAGUUCAAUGAGUGGUCAAAGGAGCAAAACCGAGAAGAUACCACCAGUUGGAGUCAAUCAUGAGGCACCAAGCUGAAUAACACGUUUUGGAGCUUUCAGCACCACUUAAUCAAUAUAUUUAUAGUUCUGGCCCUCCAUGUGGAAUUUUGAUCCUUUGAUGGUUUCAGAAAAUCUACAAUUUGUGCGCCUGAGAUAUUUUGUAUAUGUAUGUAGUACAAAUAUUCUGAAAAAGUCGUAGAAAUCAUCGAGAGCCCACUAUCUCCCUGACGUUUGUGUCCAUUAGAUGAGUGGAUGGAAACUUUUCACCACAACCGUAAGUGAAUAGAGCCAAGUGUCGCCAAAUAACUUCAAGUCGAGCUUUGAAGCUCCCUAAACUCCUUCCAUAGUUUUAAGAAUCUUAAACUGUGGGUUCAAGUCACGGGUUACCAUCUUUUGGGGUCAGGGAGGUUCAGGACUCACCGUUGUAUUCAAUAGGAAAAGUGUCACAUGACGGGUUGCUGCGGGCAUUUUAAGCGAGUCGACAUUACUCUGCUCUGUCGGGGGCAUUUCUCCAAGAUUUGAUGGUCAUCAUGGAGUGGGUCUAGAAGAGACUUAAAACACUGGUCUACUGUAUUACAUUGAAACUGAAUUGGUCAAUGGGUGUAACCGAGAGGAAAAAUGUUCUAACGUCUUUGCAAUUCAGAAGUUUUGAAGCACAUCCUCGUGGUUAUCCUCUACUAAUUCCCAACAAUUUCAAAUCACGUUAUCUCAAUUUCUGUUUAUGCUUAAACUAAAAACAGACGAGUGUCGUUUUGCAUAGUUUCAUGAAAUUGCCCAUAAAAUUUGUUUCUGUGUGAGUUUGUAACUUGCGAAACUCACCAAACUGUGCAUUUUGAUAUUGGACUACAUAUAUUUUGGGGUGGUAGCUAAGAAGUAGUGCUCUGUAGGUUUUUAUUCCAUGGUUGAAGCCGCUUUAUCCUUCCUCAAUCACUCUCCAGUACCAUUUAGACCUUGUACCGGUCCUGCCACACACACUCAUUUGCCUUGUGCACUGCUUCCCACCGUCGACUCCCGCUCGCAGCGCAUAUUUAGGGUCAAACAUAACUUCAUUUGUGCUGAUGGAAAAUUCCCCAACUCUGUAAAAUGAUCCAAACCAGGAUACUUCUGGAGACUCGCCUGAGGCCACUCACCUAAGUCGAUGGAUUUAAGCAGCAGUGACGUGUUUGCCGGUAAGCGCGCUCCGUCUGCUCCCAUCUUUGUUUUUCACGUGCUCCCGAGGCGAGUUGUAGUAAAAUGUCACGUUUCCCACGAGUACGCAAAUCUAUCUCGUGAAUGCAGGAAACUUUCUCGUGCGCAUGCAAGUUUAUUUUGUAAGCACACAAAACGUUUCUCAUUUGCAUGUGAAACCGUCUUGUGAGCACGGGAUAGCUGUUGUGUGUUAGCGGGUGCCAUAUAUAGGGUGUCCCAAAAUUCACGCAAAAACGAAUUUUGAUAGACAACACAGGUUUUUAAUUAAAAAUUGUAAAUUUUUAAUUGAUUCAUAAAGUAUACCGUAUAGGGUUAUGUAUGGAAUAGCAUAUCGGAUAAAUGGCCUCCACGGCUUUGCUGGCACAUACGCACUCUUUUGUCGAAAUUUUCCAUGACUGUUUUGCAUUAAUAGCGAAGUUUCCAUCCAGUUUUUUGCGACGUUUUGUUAUCGACAAACAGAAUAUACGUAAAAAAAAAUGUGCGAAAUUUGCUGUCUCCAGCCUGUUUCCAUCCAACAGGCUUUUUAUCGAUAAAAUGGUGUGCAUGAUGACGUCAUCCCCCCCAAAACGAACUGUCGCAUAAGUUUUGUUGUAUCGCAACCCUUGAGCCGUUUCCAUACAUAAUUUUGUGUAAGUCGCAAAUUCUCUACCUUUUGUUUUCCACGUUAUAUCCCCUCCACUAAACAAAGAAAUGGAGAGAUUAUUCAGACAGUUUUUUGAAAUUUGCCAGCUUACUGUUAUUUCAGUUUCACAAAUAAUUGGAAUUGUACAUAAUAUCCGAAGACGACAGCAGAAUGAAGCAGUUGCUUGUCUGAUAGCCCUAGAGCUCGAAGAAAGUACCCCAGUGCGACGAAACCCACGGGUAUGGGAGAGAUGACGGAAUAAGAUCUUCUGGGAGGAGGUGGUGGAGAGACACUUCACAGAAAAUCUCUGGCAGCAAAAUUUUAGAAUGACACGGCCGACGUUUGAGAUGUUGUGUGGAUUCAUCAGUCCUGAUGUUGCGUCCAUCACAGGUUGCCACCGACCACCGGUUCCAACCCAAAAGCGGAUUGCCAUCGCCCUUUACAAGCUGGCAACCUGCGCCGAGUAUAGAGUAGUUGGAGAAACUUUCGGGGUUAGUAAAACUACCGUCCAUCGAAGUGUAUAUGCUGUGUGCACCGCUAUUAAAGAAAAAUUAAUACGGCGUUAUAUCAGACUUCUGACUGUAGCGGAGGCCAAUGAAACUGCAUACCGCAAUUCCUUGGUGCAUCUUGUGCCACAGAUUUACGGUGCGCUGGAUGGCACGCAUGUGCCUAUUCUUCCCCUGACGGAAGGCUACCGCGAUUACGUUAAUCGCAAAGGGUGGCCAUCUAUUGUCCUCCAGGCCCUUGUUGAUGAUACGAGACAUUUGCGUUGGCACUCCUGGAAGUGCCCAUGAUGCAGCUGUGUUUGCAGCAUCGCAUCUGUACAGGUGAGCCUACCUUUCAACAUCCCUUCUCAGUGCGAUAACAACUGAAUUAGUACUGGAACCUGCUUCCCUUAAGGUUUUUAAUUAAAACUGAAAUUUGAAUUAAUACAAAAUAACGACGUUUAAUCAAAAAAAAACUAUUAAAGUUAAUAUUAAUGAUUAAAUUAAAUUGAGGAAAUAACAAGUCUCUUUAUCAGACCAUGCGAACCGCUCCGCCAUUCUCGUUUUGAUUGCACGUGAUGAAAAUGUGACACAUUUAUUUGCGUUAAAGCCCUUUUUUCUGACAAAAAGUGUUUCCAAUGUAGUUUUUGCGACAUCUGAAGUAUCGAUAUGGAAUUUAUGCGCUAAAGUUAAGUUAAAAGGAAAAAUAUCAUGUCGACAUGUACAACAUUUUAUCGAUAAUUAGCAUUUCCAUCAGCUAUAUCGGUAAAAAAAUUUGAAGCGCUAAAUAUUUUUUCGCAAAAACUCCUUGGAUGGAAACCUGGUUAUUGUGGCUGAAUUUCGUUGAUACAGCACUCAAUUUCCUCCUUCAAGGAGUGGGUGGUUGUGGGCUUGAUGACUUCAAUCAAUCACUCGUGGAUUUUCUGAACCCCAAAUGCAACAAUUUUUACGAUUAACGAAGCCAUCAAGAUGAAAAUGAGCCUCAUCGCUGAAGAUGAUUUUGGAAAUGUUCAAUUCUUGACCACGGUGCCGAAUUGAUGUUCCGGGACUCUCAGCAACACUCUCACAAACUGCUUCGGUGUUUUGUGCUGAAGGACGGCCAGAGUGUCUAAGAUCACUAAUUGAUCCAGUCUCCCUGAAUGUUUUUAAUUAAUCUCUUCACAGUUGAUGAAGUUAAAUCACUAUUCCGACCAUAUUUUGUACGAAAAUUGCGAACUGUAGCUGCCAAACCUUCAUUAUUUUUAAAAUAUUGCUCAACAAUGAAAACGCGUUGUUCUUUCGUGUAGCGCUCCAUUUUUAAUAACCCUAAACUGUGAGCUGUCACGCUGUCUUUUUUUCCCCCGUUGGCAACACUUUACCGCACAAAUGGCGCCAAAUUCAAAUCUUGCAUGAAUUUUGGGACACCCUCUAUAAGUGUUGUGUUCAGUGUUAACUCGCCCCAAAGUGGAAGUGAGAUCUGCACCUUUAAAGGAGAAUCGGGAACUAUAGACUGGCCGAUGUUAGAUGUCGGAUAGGAACAGGAAGCCAAUCGCAAAUAUGGACGUUCAAAUCCAGCGAGCGCGGCGGAGAGAAAAAGUUCUGCAGUCAGGAAAACACCAACUACCCGUGAUGGGACGCCUGUUUGGCACCACCCAGAGAGGAAAAUGCGGAAGAGGCGGUAGGACCAAAAUGUGUUCCGUUUUUUUAAAUCUAGGAAGCUUCCCGCAUCUCCCGAAUGGCUUUGAGCUAAGCUUUUUAUUUGGGGAUUGACCUCAUAGAUCAGCUAUCGGGAUUCAUGUGUUGGACUGCCAUUGUUGUUUGCAUUGUUCACGGUGCGUCGUUAUUGUGUUUUGUCGUUUGAUUUCUACCAAAUAUGUUCGCUAUAUAUUCAUUAUAAAUUUAAAUUACAAGUAUGGUGCCUGGUUAAUUUUGGCGAAAGGGGGAAUUAGGGUAGCGAUUUCUUAAGGCUCCAUUUUGGUGAACAGCACCCAACCCGAUCUGGCCAGCUGUCCACCAUAGAAGGGGAUCGGUACGAGUGUGUGCAACGAGAAAGUGUCAAAUGUCACACAAGUUUCUAGUGCACAUGUAAAUAAAUCAUGUAGAACUUUGUUACGCACACGUGAAACUCUCGCAUGAGUACGGGGUACUUUCUUUUGCCCCUCACGGGCUCUGUACUUUCACACAUUUCACCAGCGUACAAUUUUUUUGCCAUGCGUUUGCAGAUGGAGAUGAGAUGACAGUAUGUGUUUUAAUGGUGUGAAUAAUUUCACUUUUGUGUAAUUCACAAAUUCAAUUUUGUGUAAAUCAUUUCAGAAACGGUUCAACUCCUUCAAUCUCUUUCCUUAUAGCUCUGACCUCCCAGUCCUCUGAUCAGCCUCGUGACUCUCCUUUGGACUUUCUCUGGUGCUGCUGUGUCUUUUUUGUAAUAUGGGAGACCAAAACCGAACAUACAGGACUCCUGGUGAGGCCUCACCAGUGUGUUGUAAAAUAAUUUAAGGAUGACCUCCGCUGGCUUGUACGCCACACAUCAGGGGCACUAUGUUAUAUUACCCAACAUCCUAACUGCUGCCGUCCACGGUCUGCAUAUGAAGCAGUCCACGACCGCUACUAGGGCCUUCUCAGAAGAUGUACUUUCAAGUUCCAAACCUCCUUUAUGUAUUCAAAUCUAACAUCCCUCCAUCCAUUAUCCAACCCGCUAUAUCCUAACUACAGGGUCACGGGGUUCUGCUGGAGCCAAUCCCAGCCAAAACAGGGCGCAAGGCAGGAAACAAACCCCGGGCAGGGCGCCAGCCCGUACCAUUUUGUUUUUUACUUCCAAAGUGUAGCACUUCACAAAUCUACAUGAUUCUACAUUAUCUGCUCUUCCUCAAGGCUUAGUCUUCUUCCUCCUAUUUUCAUCUUUUCCCACUUUGAUGUGGAGUCCAUGUGUCUGACCAACCCUCUCCAUACAGCUUGUACCUGCUGUUAGGUUUAACUUGUAUAUAAAUUCCCUUUUUGUGUCUUUUUUUUUUUUGUUCAUUUUUUUGGUCCUCUUUGUGUUGUUAUGUAUGUUUAGUAUUUAUACAAUUAUGUAUUUUUUUUUUCCCCAGUCAGUUCUGUUUAUUGCUUGGUUUCUACAUGUGGAUGCUUGUUCUGCUAAUUUCUCUUCUACUUUGUGGGUGGUUCCCCAAGAGGCGGGGCCACCUGCCAAUCUCUGCUGAGAGACCGCCCCCUGCCUUAUAAAGGCAGUGCGUUGUAUGCACCUAGUGGUAGUGAUGGGCGUUUCAGUUCACUUUACUGUUUAAGUGAAUCGAUUUUUUUGAUUCAUUUGAUUCAAGUACAGCCUGACAUAUAUUGGAAUUCCCUCUGAUUGCAUCACAAAUAUCUAAUUUAAUAACAUAUUUGUGUGUAUAUGAAUAAUAUUGUUUAUUAAUUUAUAAAUAAUGUUUUUUUAUAUAAUUAUAUCUUUAACUUGAUAUGUCAAUGCCCUGUUUCCUUACACAAAGCAUAACAACACCUAUAAGAAACCAAAAUGAAAUAAGAUGUUUUGUUACAGAGCCACAAAUGAAAGAGAAUCGUUACACUGAUUCUCAGGUAGCAACUUCUUCACGACUCAAAUGAACAAGAAUCUUUAGACUGAUUUUCGGGUACAGACUUGCUUGCAAAUCAAAUAAAUGAGAAUCGUUGGAUUGAUUCUCAGGCAGCGAUUCAUUCGCAACUCAAAACAAUGAGAAUUGUUAGAUCGCUUCUCUGGCAGCGGAUUAUUCACAAAUCAAAUGAACGAGAAUCAUUAAGAUUGAUUGUCAAGCAGUGAUUCAUUUGUGGAUCACGGGAGUGAGAAUUGUUAGAUUGAUUCUCGGGUAGCGGAUUAUUCACAAGUCAAAUAAACGAGAAUCAGUAAAAACAGAUUGUCAGGUAGUGAUUCAUUUGAGGAUCAAAUGAACGAGAAUCGUUAAGAUUGAUUGUCAAGCAGUGAUUCAUUUGGGGAUCACGGGAGUGAGAAUUGUUAGACUGAUUUCUUGGGUAUCGACUUGUUCACGAAUUAAAUGAAUGAGAAUCGUUGUAGUGAUUCAUUUGUGGAUCAUGGGAGUGAGAAUUGUUAGAUUGAUUCUCGGGUAGCGGAUUAAUCACAAAUCAAAUAAACGAGAAUCAGUAAAAACAGAUUGUCAGGUAGUGAUUCAUUUGAGGAUCAAAGGAGCAAGAAUUGUUAAGACUGAUUUUUUGGGUAGCAACUUGUUCACGAAUCAAAUGAAUGACAAUCGUUAAGAUUCUUCUCGUUCGAUUGAAUCUCUGGUAGUGAUGAAAUCGGCCCUUGCACCUUGUUUAGUGUCAACUGCAAACUUGACCAGUUUGAUUUUUGUAUUCUUAUCCAGAUUUAAAAAGGACAGCAGCCCACCACUAGUCUAUAAUAUAAGGUGUACGCCUGGAGACCACCAAGGGUGAAUUUUUCCUAAAAUUGAGAGGGAACAAUUGGAUGGUUUACGGGGCAUCACAAUUCUAAACCAAUCCCAACGCGUCACGAAGGUGGCACUCAAUGAAGAGGCCGAGAUUUUGAAUUGCAAACAUCAGAGUUGCUCUUGUUAAUGUUGUCCAAAAGAGAGCAAGAUUCUGAUUACAAUAAACUGCCUACAGCUGCAGUCUCUUAAAACGACCCCCCAUUAAACACGUGUCGCGUUUGUAAAGAACACAACACGUGUUUAAAAAUAAAAAGAACCUGUGACAAGGGAAAAACCUUUACAUAAAAUCAAAUUAUACAGUCGUGCCGAUUUGCAUCCAAUCGAGUUAAGGGGAUUCAUUCUUAGCAGGAAAAUAACGGGGUAAUAAUGUUCUAGAAAUAGCCGAAGCCAGUCAUAGUUAUAAAUCUUUCGGGGUCUUGUUGGUUUUCUAACGCUUGGUGGGCCUUUUAAGGUUUGUUUUGAUCGGCGGUGCUCUGUGUGGCUAAUGCAUUCAUCACGUGCUGCCUUCCCUUUCACUUCUGUUUCACAAUCUUCCUCUUUGUCUUUAUAACAACGGUCACCAACUCCGGACCUGGAGGACCACCGUGGCUGCAGGUUUUCAUUCUAAAUAUUUUUUUAAUGAGUGCCCUGUUUGUGCUGCUAAUUAAUUUCUUUUGAUUUCAAUUGACUUGUAUUUUAAGAUUUGUUCCUCUGUAUUGCUUCAUUUCUUUCCUUAAACAGCACCCAAAGAGAAAUGAAAUGUGAAGUGAGGGAGCCAAGAGGAGACCAACUAAGUCAGGGCCUCAAACUCCAAACAACUGCUUAAUUGGGCGCCGAUUCUUGUCAUUAAUCAAACCCGUUCUUUAAUUCUGUGGCUUGUUCCUGCUCUCGUUGUCCAUUAGCAGACAUUUCUGAAAUUGUCGAUUUUCUCUUUUCUAAGAGCUCAGUGAAAAUGUUUUGGUGACCUGAGCAGAUUGACAUUUCUGAGACCUUCAUCUUUCUUUAUCUUCAGAUAUUGUAUGAUGGACACCAGUUGUUUUGGCUCAUUUUGUAUCUCAUUAUUGUUUGGCUGCUAAUUAAGGAAAAAGACCCAAUUAAGGGGUAUGAGUCUUCAAGAGCAAGCUAACGAAAAUGAAUUCAAAAGAUGUUAAUUAGCAACAAAAACGUGACACUCAUUCAGAAAAUGGUUAGAAUGAAAACCUGCAGCCAUGGUCAGACUUGGUGACCCCUGCUUUGUAAGCUCAUUGGUGACCCACUAACCAGCAAUUGCAAAGAAAACCCCUUGGUGAACCAUCCAUUAUCCAACCCGCUAUAUCCCAACUACAGGGUCACAGGGGUCUGCUGAAUCCCAGCCAACACAGGGCACAAGGCAGGAAGCAAACCCUGGACAGUUUGCCAGCCCACCACAGGGCGCACACACACACCAAGCACACACUAGGGACAAUUUAGGAUCGCCAGUGCACCUAACAUGUCUUUGGACUGUGGGAGGAAACCGGAGCACCCGGAAGAAACCCACGCAGACAUGGGGAGAACAUGCAAACUCCACGCAAGGAGGACCUGGGAAGCGAACCCAGGUCUCCUAACUACGAGGCAGCCACUGCGUCACCGUGCCGCCCCCUUGGUGAACCAAACUCACUUAAAAUGGGGAAAACACCGCACAGUUCUGAGAAUUGUUUAAGCAACUUAUUCGUGAACCAAUGGCGGCAACCCACGACCCACUGGCUGUAACCUGGGUCACAACACAGUGGUUGAGGAACACUGGCUUAGGUGAAUCACUGCGACCCACUCGCAAACCAAUGACGGCAACCCAUGACCACCCCCCCUCUUGGUGAAACAAGCUCACUUAAGACAGGAAAAUAUUGCGCAAUGCUGCGGAUUGCUUUAACGACUUACUCGUGAACCAACAGAGGCAACCCACGAACCAUCAGCCGUAACCUGGGUCACAAUCCAAAGGUUCAGAAACACUGCCUCACAUGGACCUGCCAUGAGGCUCCCAAGAAGUAAGGAUCGGUUUUGUAAGAGCUCCAACUGCAGUCACCUGAACACUCUGUGACCCACGUAUGGCCAGAUGUCCGGUCCUAAAUGGAACCACAAGUCGGUGCAUGACUGUACAUUGCUAUUUGAAGACACUGGAUAGUGUACGAGUUUUAAAAGAGGAUGAUAAAUUGUCGUAUGCGUCGUGUCAGCUCUCUUAUCGUUCAGUUUUGACGACAGAGUGGGAGCCGAUGUAAGAUUGAAAGAAUCGGCACCUAAGUUUGUGAAAAUAUUGUAAAAUAUGCAUUUGAAGUAAACAAUGUGUCACACUCCGUCAAAGGGAGUGCCGUUAAGAGAGCGGAUAACGAAAAGCCACAGGAGAAGCACAUUCCAGUACUCGACACACCCACAGCGACAUCAGGCAAUGCACAGAUGAGGCUGCACAACAUCCACCUUGUGACUGCAUGUCUAAACGAAUAACUAAAGAAAUGUAACAGUACGGUCUAAUUGUAAAUGCAAACACGCCAUGACAGAAUACCCGCUGCGAUUGAAGACAUUAUAUCCACAGGCCACAAUGCCUAUCUAAACUCUGUCCUUAUGUCACACAGUGAUGCGACAGGCAAAAUGACAGAAAGAUCUCAUAGCAGACAGCAGUACGUCUCAAUUAACAUUACGAUCUAAUCAUAAAUGCAAAAACGCCAGGACAGAAUACCCGCUACGAUUGAAGACAUUGCAUAUCCACAGGCCACAAUGCUUAUCUAAACUCUGUCCUUAUGUCACACAGCGAUCUAAAAGAUCUCGUAGCAGACAGCAGUACGUCUGAAAGGUGUGGGGUGCUGUAACCGAUGUGGUCCGUGUCUUUCCCGUCACAGCUCUCGUUACAAAGUAUAAAUUAAUAAUUAAUCAUUCCCUUGUGCUACAGAGCUGCUGACUGGAUAACGGUAAUUUUGGCUUUUUUUUUCUCAGCGGCAAGUCCUCUGUUCGGUUUCUUUUGCUCUUUCCCCCCCCGAUACCCUGGUGGACUUCACUGCUGUUCACCACAGUUGUACCCAGUUGCGUGUUCUCGUUUGAAAAGAGACUACACCAGCCACAAGUAACAUCACCCAAUUCUGAAAGAGCUCCUCUGCCGUAGCCCUUUGGCACUUUCAGACAUUAUCUACACACUGCACUUGGAACUUCUUCAGUUCGAUCACCAGCCUCUAGUAUCGAAAGAUUUUUGAAAACCGAGAAUUUACUCUCAAAUACAUAUCUCUUUUAUCAUCUGCUUUCUCGUAGAAUUCCAGCAUAUUGGUGAAACACGACCUUCCCAUUAAGACGACUGCUCACUAGCACACACUUCUUGUGACAAGUUGCUACUUUUUUUUUUUUUUAGUAAUAAUUUCUUACACGAUUAACUGGAAACUGGUAACUGGUUCUGUAUGUGAACAGUGCCCCCCUAGUGGAAACGUUUGAAUAUUUGAUAAUGUGUACUUUUAUUCUGUCAUCGUUUGGAGGUGGGGGUUCUAAAAAUCUUAUUUCCACAUAUCCUGUAUUAUCUGUUAAAUGUUUUAAAAGAAAAGUCCAAUGUUCUCAACAAAAGUGGGUUAUAGGGAGAAAAUGAAAAAAUCAAACAAUACAUUUUACAUGUUCAUCAAAAGCAUUUUAGUUUGUAAUUCGUGUUGCAUUCUGAUCAUCAUGUGUUUAAACACACAAGCAAAGCACUAUCUGCACUAUUUUUAAGAACAUGUUAAAAUAAAGCAAAAUUUAUUCUUUCA